AUGAACUGCACGACUAAAAAGAAUUCCAUACUGCAUCGGUCGUCGCGCAGGCUAAUCAGGACCGCGCUGCCCAUUGCAUCGAUCGGGGUGGGUAGUGAUAAGUGUGCUACUGCUCAGAGUUCCCUCUCUGUUAUUCAACCUUUGUCUUCUGUCCCUAACCAUCCCUCUUUGCCCCAUCUAUCCACCCAUAAUGCUCCCAUUGAUAACACGGUCGAUACUCGCAACGAUUCACUGUCAAAUAGUGUCGGGAAUAAUCCUCUGACUGGUAACUCACAUUUUCUCAAGCCCCGUCAGCCUCUGAAUUUCGGCUCCUUCAACGUGCGUACACUGAUGCAGGUCGGUCAGCAGGCGUGCCUAGCCCUCACAAUGAACUCUCUGAAGAUUGAUGUUUGCUGCUUAAGCGAAACGCGUAUCCAGGAUUCGAGCAAUGUAAUUCAGCUAACUGCUCCAGGUAUCUCAACGAGGUAUAUUCUGCGCACCUCAGGAGACGAAGCAGCUAGGGCUGUGGGUCAACGUGGUGUAGGAAUUGUCUUGACUGACAAGGCUGAGGCUGCCCUAUUAGACUGGAUCCCUGUUAACAGUCGUUUAUGUGCUGUGAGACUCCAAGGGUCAGUCGGCGUUCGAAAGGAUAGUUGUGUUAAACGCAAUUUGUUCGUGAUCUCGGCGUACGCCCCAACGGACUGCAGCUCAGACUUGCAGAAAGAUGAGUUCUAUGAUGCCCUCGCCACUCUCGUUCGCAGCAGUAAAGGUUCCGACAUUGUAGUGCUAGCUGGUGACUUCAAUGCACAAGUUGGCAAACUCAGUGUGUCAGAAGCCUGUUUAGGUGGGCGUUGUGCUUUACCCGCUGAGCGCACAGAUAACGGGGAUAGGCUUCUCCAAUUUUGUGCAGACAAUCGAUUGUUCUUGUCUAGCACAAAUUUCCGACACAGCUCGCGUCGCACAGCGACAUGGCGCUCUAACUCUACAGGUACUUUUAGUCAAAUUGACCAUAUUGCCGUAAGCUACCGGUGGCGCAGUUCUGUUCAGAACUGUAGAUCCUACUGGUCCACGUACGUAGAGUCGGACCAUGCCUUAGUUUUAAUGCGAUUAUCUCUCCAGCUCCAUGGCCAUCGUCGCAAACCGCAAACCGGAUUAGCCGUGCAACGUUUGUGUGAUCCAGACGUUUGCACCCGUUAUGAGCAGAAGUUAGCACAUGAGCUAGGAUCCACGGAGAACAGUAAUGUAGAUGAGCAUUGGUCUCAUAUCAAACAGGCGAUGCACGUUGCAGCAGGUUUUGCCUGUGGUCCUGGAUCCGUUGUCCAUCAAAGACACUGGAUCUCGCAAGAGUCGCUGAGUAUAAUGGAGCAAAAGCGUCAGCUCUCGAACCGUAAGGAGAUGAAUAAGAUGCGGAGAAAGCUGCAAAGACAAGUUACACGAAGCCUUAAGAAGGAUCGCGAAAAUUGGUGGGUCAAUGUAGCCGAAGAAAUGGAAGUGGCAGCUGCUUCAGGUAACAGUCAAAGACUGUUCAAACUUAUUCGUGACACCAGUGGACGGCGAACUCAGGUCAGUGAAGCGAUUUGCAAUAGGAAUGGAGAACCCAUCCAUAACAAACAGCAAAGGCUUGACCGAUGGGCCGAGUACUUCAAGGAACAGUUUAGCUGGCCGCACGCUAGUGUAAUUACUCCCGUGUCAACAACUGUGACUCCUUGGGUGGUAUCACUUGAGCCCCCAUCAGAAGUAGAAGUAGAGUCAUGUAUUCGAUUACUAAGGCGGGGGAAAGCGGCAGGUCCCGACGAACUUCCCCCAGUUCUUUUCAAACUGGGUGGUGAGGCGUUGAUAAAAUCACUAACCGCCUUGCUCCGUGACAUUUGGAAGGAGGAGCGUAUUCCGUUAAUAUGGAGCGAGUCAUUGAUUGUUCCCAUCUUCAAGAAGGGAAUACGCAAUGACUGCAGUAAUUAUCGUGGGAUUAGCUUAAUCCCGAUAGUCACCAAAGUAUUAGCUUCGAUUUUGCUGCACCGUCUUACACCGGCUCGCGAGAGGAAUGUCCGCGAACAGCAGGCUGGAUUCCGCCCAGGUCGAGGAUGCAUCGACCAGAUUUUUACUCUUCGCCGACUUCUUGAAAAGCGUCACACGCACCGCCGACCAACAAUAAUGCUUUUCUUAGACCUGAAAGGCGCCUUCGAUUCAGUUGAUCGAACAUCGCUUUUCAGUACUCUUCAUCGAAAAGGUAUGCCCCAGAAGUUCGUGAACCUACUGAGAUCAUUGUAUUCUCAUACUUCUGGCCGCGUUAGAGUUUACGGCGAACUAUCCGGUCGGUUCGAAACGACCAGUGGUGUUCGGUAG